ACAAUCUGUGUGACAGAAGGCAGCGCAACAUACGCAGCGUGGCAUUUAACCCUCAAUGAUUGUGCGGCAGUUGGUGUGUAGGGGUUUGACCUCUCACCUGUGUGCGGCAGUCAGACUGAACUGGAGAUCUCCAAAGAUGGCUAGACCAAGCUCAAAUUUAACAAAAUUUCGUGAGGAGUUUGAUAAAGCAAAGCACAUUGCUAUCAUAACGGGGGCUGGAGUGAGUGCAGAGAGUGGCGUACCAACCUUUAGAGGACAGGGGGGCUACUGGAGGAAAUGGCAGGCACAGGAUUUGGCAACCCCUGAAGCUUUCUCUCGAGAUCCUUCUUUAGUCUGGGAAUUUUACCAUUACAGGCGUGAGGUAAUGCGCAGUAAGAUGCCGAACCCAGCACACCUGGCUAUAGCGGAGUGUGAGUCCCGUCUCAGCCAGCAGGGGCGCUCUGUUGUGAUCAUCACUCAGAACAUCGAUGAACUGCACCAUCGCGCUGGUUCCAAACACGUCUAUGAGAUCCACGGUAGUCUAUUUAAAACUCGCUGCAUGAGCUGUGGAGAAGUGAAAGCCGACCACAAGAGUCCAAUCUGUCCUGCUCUGGAGGGGAAAGGAGAGCCUGACCCCAAUGCCAAGGAUGCCAGAAUACCAGUUGAGGACCUGCCCAGGUGUGAAAAGAGGGGCUGUAAUGGCUUGCUGAGGCCUCAUGUGGUUUGGUUCGGAGAGACUUUAGAUUCAGAUAUUCUCACCGCUGUGGAGGAGGAGCUGGAAAAGUGUGAUCUCUGCUUAGUGGUGGGCACCUCCUCCAUAGUUUACCCAGCGGCCAUGUUCGCUCCUCAGGUGGCGGGUAGAGGUGUGCCUGUAGCUGAAUUCAACAUGGAGUGCACACCUGCUACUAAGCGCUUUAAAUAUCACUUUGAGGGUCCUUGUGGCACCACACUGCCUCCCGCCCUGGAACGGCACGAGAGCGAGGCCAUUUAAGGAGAAAGAAGGCAUGACCGAUCCAUUCGUUUAGCACU